ACGACCACUUCUCGUAUUUGCACGCGCCAUUUUGAUGAGAAUGACAUAAAAAGAGGGACUGAAGUAUUAAACGUGUUUCAUCCGUUUAAACGAUGGGUUUUGAAGGAAGGAGCCAUUCCGAGAUAUUUCCUUACACCCAAUGAAACUUCCCGACAACCAUUACAAAGCAUUUGCAAUGUGAAUAGGAGAAACAAUUCAAUAGCAAACCCUACUGUCGAUGAAAAGUGCAGGAAGCAUCCAAAUAAAGAAAGAUAUGCCUUUGCGAAGGAGAGCAGCCUAAAUAAAAAGAUUUCUGAUGAUUUGGCCACCCCCAUGGAAGUCGUUCCAGAUGAGAACCUUUCAGUUGAAAAACAGUUACCAGCUAUGGCUAAACAACCUGCAUUAGUAGUCGUAGAAACAAUACCGUCACUACCAACAGUGGUGAAAUUGACGCCGAUGGAUGAUGUUCAUGAUCCGAAUACCUCAAAUGAGUCAGAAUUGAACAUUACAACUGAAGAAACCGUUAAUGAAAAUGCAGAAAUAACAAGUACUGCUCAAUCAUCUUCAACUACAGAUGAGAGUAUAAAGAACUUCAAACCAAACUUCAUCACGUAUUUCACAUUGGUGUCCCAAAUGGAAUUACCUGACGGUUGGAUAUGGUCAUUCAACCAAGCCAAAAACGCCAUACUUUGCAUUUACAUGGACCCAUUAUCUAACGGAACGGUGACAGUGAAAGCAAUACUAUUCCGAAACUCACAAGAGGUUUCGUAUCAUCUUAAUGGAAAGCACAUUGCACCAAACAGUAUUCCUACUCUUUUUUCAUCAAUGGAAGACAUAUCAAACUUAAUAAGGAAUUUUCACGAAAAAAACAUUUGCGUUGGUAUUGUUGGAAGCCAGUUUAAAGAUGGCGAGUUUUCAUUACGGCUCUCUGUAGUUUUUGACGCCAAUGGAGUCAUUCGAUCAGGCUUCUGCAAAAUUCUAAUGGACAAAAAAAACGAUGUGUGA